AUGCAACAUAAUCCCAAUGGUCUGCAAAAUGGAUUACCACACAAUGGGUUAUCUAAUGGAUUACCAAAUGGUCUAUCUAAUGGAUAUGCCAAUGGAUUAGCAAAUGGAUUACAGCAACAUAAUCUAAACACAGUUCAGCAAAAUCAUAAUCCAAUGCAACAUAAUGGUAUGAUGAAUGGUGUUCAAGGUACAAUCAGAGUAGUUCAACAACCUGUGACUGUUAUCCCUAAUGUUCAAAUGACUGCCCAAAUGACUACUAUACCCACUGGAGUUAAUGUUCAAAUGACUGCAAUUCCGUCCACUGUUCCAGUUCCUGUUCAGAUGGCUCCAAUGGCACCCGUAAUGCCAUUAAUUAAUAUGGCCAAUCAAAUUUCACUUCCACCUGCACCCGGGGCACCUCAUUGUGAUUAUUAUGAGUGUGUGAUCUUUAAUACUUGA